GGGUCUUACAGGUAAUUUGUCUUAUGAAUAGAAACCUUCAGUAGCUGCUUCUAUGGACUGUUGUGUGUGUGUGUAUGCGCAUGUAGUACAUAUUACAUUACAUUACAUUGUUACAUUGUUACAAUACAUUGUUUCUUUCCUCAGGUACUCAUGUGACAACCGGGUGAUAAGGAUGAUGAGGGAGAGGACACUGGGCAACAGUGUUACCCAGCUGUACAAGAAGCUGAACGAGCAGCACAGUGAGGCGUGGAUGCAGCGCUUCCUGCAGUACCUGACAGCUUGCGAGCCGUUUACAAGGUCUGCAAUCAUCUGCCCAGUAUUUGCAGAUCCCCCAGCCUUACCUGCCAUCCCAAAACCGAAGUGGCUGUUGGCCGUGUUUGCCAGAGAUGUCCUUGGGAGGCUGAAUGAAGUGAAGGCCAAAAUUACAAACACCUUUGGCUCUGUCCUCAAGAUGGACUCCACGAAAAAGAUCACCAAAAAGCUGUCUGGUGCCGCUGCAGGUACAGCUGCUUGGUGUACAAACGUGGGAAAUGAGUACGGCCAAGUACUCACUUCAGUCCUGACGGCCUCCGAGGGACAUGCUCUGGAUGGGAUGGCAACAGGCCUAAUGAAGCGGUACAGGGAGGCAGGUGUAGCUCCACCCGACAUUAUGUACGUGGACAGAGACUGCUGCAGUGGGGCAGUGAACAGGAUGUUUGCCGACUGGGAUGAGCUCCAAGUGCGCCUUGACGUGUGGCAUUUCAUGCGCCGCUUUGCCGCAGGUGUCAACACAGAGGCUCAUCCCCUGUAUGGCAUUUUUAUGAUGCGCCUGUCCAAGUGCAUCUUUGAGUGGGAUCCCGAGGAUGUGUCUGCUCUUCGUGAAGCUAAGAAGAGCGAGCUGGCGGCGAAGGGCAUCCUGGACAUCACAGAGGAGGCUCUCAAUGCCCGGAUAUCUCGGAGGGAGUUGGCGCUGCACUGUCGGAGGAGGACCAGGGGCGUGGAGGAGACCUCCAGACUGCUUGAAGCAUUGAUCAGUCUGUUUGACAGCCCAGCUGGGAAGGACACUCUGGGUGUUCCUCUGCUCGACCACGAACGGAUCCAGGGAAUAUGGAAGGAUCAGAAGAAGCACGUGGCCUGCAUCCAGGACCCAGACUUCCCCCUCUACAUUAAAACGGGCACCCUGAAGAAAGGCGACGUGGUGCUCAACUGCUACAGGUGUGCCCGUGGCUCCACCUCCCUGGAGUCUUUCCAUCUUCACCUGACUAGGUUUAUCCCAGGUGUGCAAGAUGUAGCCGAUUAGGCUGACGAGGGACGCGUGGGUCCACCUGAUGCUCCUUCAAAAUGACCUGGCUCUUUUUUCU